UUUUUUUUUUUUUUUUUUCUUCUCUCUUUCAUCCUUUUUAUCCAAUCUAACAAAGAGUCAAGAUGGGAGAAUCCAGAACAGAAUUAUUGGCUUGGGUGAACGACUUGUUACAGUUAAACUAUACCAAAGUAGAGCAGACAGGCACAGGUGCUGCUUAUUGUCAAAUUAUGGAUUCAGUGUUUAAUGAUGUGCAUAUGACCAAAGUUAAAUUUGACACUAAACAUGAAUACGAAUACGUUGCAAACUAUAAAGUGCUUCAACAUACAUUUGAUAAACACAAGAUCGACAAGAUCAUUCCAGUUGAUAAGUUGAUGAAGUGCAAGUUUCAAGAUAACCUUGAAUUUAUGCAAUGGGUAAAAAGAUACUGGGAUCAGAAUUUUCCAGGAGGUGCUUAUGAUGCUGUUCACCGUAGAAAAGGCGGUGCUGCUACUAAUGGUGGCGGUAACGGUGCACAUGGUAAGAGUCCAGCAGCAGCGCGUGCAGCAGUAGGUGCAAUGUCACGUAAACCAAUGAACACCACGAAUACUGCAGGUCGUAGUGCUAGUCGUACAGCUGUUACUGCAACAGGUCGUGCAUCGAGUGCCAAAUCUUCAGCUGCUGGCACAGAUGCUCAAUCAGCAUCCGUCAUUAGUGAUUUAAACAAACAAAUUACAGAGUUAAAGGUCACGGUCGAUGGUCUUGAAAAGGAACGAGACUUUUAUUUUGGAAAGUUGCGAGAAAUCGAAAUUUUGGUUCAGGAACAAUUAGAAUUAACAGAUCAAGAUAACGAAGAUACAAACUGUAUCAAGGAUAUUCAAGCUAUUCUUUAUAGAACUGAAGAAGGCUUUGAAGUGCCUCCAGAAGGUGAAGAUUUGGGUGAAGAACAAUAUGACGACGAAACUUUUUAAUUCAUCAUAAUAAACCCUUUUUUUUAUUAUUAUCAUUAUUA